AUGUCUGACAACGACAAUAACAGCAGUAAUGAUGCACAACAACAUUCCGAUGAUUAUUCCGAGAAUGCCGAAAAUCAUCAUCAAACAAACAUGAUCAUGAGCAAUGAAAAUCAAACCGGUUCAAUGAGUGAAAACGAAAUUAUUUCAAGAGAUUUACCAACCUCCAAACCCAUGAAUAUAUUUCUCUCAUCGGAAUUUGAUCCUCUCCGAGUUCUCCAUGACAAUACUUACGUUCAGCCUCCUAUUACUAAUGUAAAGCCCUACAAAUCCUUUUCAGCAUUGAAUUUGAAUCAAUUAUUGGCUCGUCCUACAAACAAGCAGCAACAAAUUCAGAAAUCAAAGCAAACGAACCCUCCCGAUAAGAACUCGAGACUUAUUAGUGAAAGCAACAACAUGGUUAGUGGCAUUUCAUUUGAACAGGACAUUACAAUGAACACCGCACCACAAUCAGAGGCAUUGGCACCAACACACAUAUCCUCUCGAUCUGUGGAUGAUCAAAAUUUUGAUCAAAGAAAACCAUCUCUUCAUGAACUACCUCCUUUGCAACCUCAUGAAACCUAUGAAUACUUUUUUUUUUUUUUUGGAAAGAAAAUAUUCGAGGAAGGAUCAUCCCUACCAAUUACUGUAUGA